GGGACCGUGCACUGCUACCUCGACGACACCUUUAUCGCCAGGCAUUGACACUGCGAGCCGCCCCGCGCCACCUGUACUGGGCCUGUACUGGAAUGGUGUUGGACCGUGCCACUAACGGUUCCUUAACAUAUCUCUUACAGUGGCCCACACUAGGGUGUUAGCAGUCAAAUAACGUAGCCUGGGCCUCAGUCCCUUGUCUGCAGCCGAGUCCACGAUACGCCUAACGCUCACUAGCGCCAAAUCGCCAAGGUGUCCUUGGAUGCCCUUGAAUCCUGGUGCAGCUCCCGACUGCGGUAACGGACAGGUAUUGCAACACAGGUCAAGAUCUUCACGCGACCACGCUCUCGAAGACGACAAGCCGCCAUGUUCGUCCACUCGGCCGCGAGGCUGCUGCUCUCAGCAGGCCUGUUACUUGGCUCAGCAAUAGCACACAACAUCCAGCUCCCUGCCCACGGGCGGGAAUGCUUCCAUGAGCAGCUGCAUCGCGACGACAAGAUGACGGUCUCGUUCCAGGUUGGCGACCGGGAGUUUGGCAGUGCUGGCAACCUCGAAAUUGACUUUUGGAUCACCAACCCGAUGGGCCAGUACGAGUUCAACGAAAAGUCGGUAUCCAACGGCGACUAUUCCUUCGACGCCAAGCACGACGGCAAGUACGUGUACUGCUUUGGCAACGAGCACUGGGGCGCCUCGUCCAAGGAGGUUUCGUUCAACGUGCACGGCGUCGUGUACGUGUCCGAGGCCGAGGCGCCGCAGGACCCGCUCGAGUUUGAGGUGCGCCGGCUGUCCGAGAUGCUCGAGCGGGUGAAGGACGAGCAGAGCUACAUUGUGGUGCGCGAGCGCACCCACCGCAACACGGCCGAGAGCACCAACAGCAGGGUCAAGUGGUGGAACCUGUUCGUGAUUGGCGUCGUCAUUGGCGAGAGCGUGUUCCAGGUCUGGUGGCUGCGGAGGUUCUUUGAGGUCAAGCGAGUCGUAUAAGGCCAAUGCCUAUCUCGCAUUAUUCUUUUUGCAUUACUUAUGGAAGAUGAUAUCCCUGUUUGGUGUAGGGUACACGGAUGUGGAGCGAUGAAAAUGGGCCGGCUAUUCCUAUGUGGCGUAUUGAAUGAGCAUGUCCCUACACUCCAUAUGCUGAGUUUGCCGGCCUGUUAGGGCCAACACUAUAGAGGCAAAUGGCGGGAGAUUUGACGCUGCAAAGACUGUGGACUACGAUAGUUUAUGAAACAAUCGUGGCCCGCGGAAAGGUUUGGGAAUGUCCAGUACAAUAAGCAUGCUAUGUAUAUGAAGCGUCUACAAUCAUUUCCAUUCUACCUUCUUCCUCGCGGAUAUAAGCCGAUCAACACAUCUCU